UCUGUUCCCCACAGAUCCGAUCGUGCGGAGAAACAGUUCCUAGAGCGCCUGGUCGCCGGAGGCCCUGCGUGAGUUUGGAUCUGUUCGGCGACUGCUGCGGCUGCCACUGCCAUUGCUGGCGAUACCCACUCGCCUCUCCACUUCUGGACCUCGGGAUUCUACUGCUUCUGGUAUCUACCGAUGCCUGUGGCGUUGGUGCUUGCAGUGUGAUUCGUCUGACAUCACCGACCGCUCUGAUAUGCAUUGUGGCGGCACUUCUUGUCGCGUUUCCCCUCCCUGAUAGGUAAGAAAAAUGAUAUCACGGCCCCCAAGAGGAAUGCGGGGUGCAGCAGAUGGAGCCGACGUGCAUCUGACAGAUUGAGGGGAAGAUAGGCGAGGUGUCCUAUCAGCAAUCCGGAUUAGCGAUGAUGUGCUUGCUAUCUUGCCGAGCACGUUAUAUGACAGGAUACCGUUGAUAGGGAACGUGGCAAUGCCUCGCAACCUGACGCUAUAUCUUCGUAGCCAGUGUCGAUACUCUCCACGGGAAACUUCCCAAUCACCAGUUUCAACCCCCGUGUUCAUAUCCCGACAGUCAUGGCCAUCCCGCAAGAUCAACCGAGUAUCGACGAGGUCAAGGCCUCGGUGGAUGCAGCACUGGACACAUUACAGUCCUCUCUGCGAAGUCUCAAUCAUCAAAUAUGGUCAAACCCGGAAACCGGGUAUCAGGAACACAAGGCCCACGAUACGAUCUGUGACUUUCUCGAAAAGCAAGGUUUCAGCGUCACUCGUCAUGCUUACGGUCUCGACACCUCAUUCGAAGCCAUCAGCGGCUCCGAAGGCCGUCUAAUCAACUUCAAUGCCGAAUACGAUGCCCUGCCCGAGAUCGGCCAUGCUUGUGGCCAUAAUCUGAUCACGACAAGUAGCGUGUCAGCCUUCUUGGCUCUUUCUGCUAUUCUGAAACAAUAUGGCAUUCCUGGUAGGACUCAGCUCCUGGGAACUCCUGCUGAAGAGAAUGGUGGUGGAAAGGCCAAACUUAUCGACAGGGGUGCUUAUAAAGGGGUUGAUAUCUCACUGAUGGCCCAUGCGGGUCCAAAGAAGCUCUUCCCUGGGGUGCGGGAGGAAGGCGUUGGUGGCGUCCUGAUGAACGCCAGAAAAGAAAUCCAUUGCGAGUUCACUGGAAGAAGCGCCCAUGCGGGAGGUAACCCAUGGGAGGGUAUAAAUGCUCUCGAUGCCUUGGUGACUUCGUAUAACAACGUUGCUGUCCUGCGCCAGCAACUCAAGCCUGAUGAGCGCGUACAUUGUGCCUUCCUCGACACUCCUAAAGUCGCCAACGUGAUUCCCUCGUAUACCAAGGCAUACUGGCAGGUCCGCAGCCCGACGUUAAAAGGACUGAACAAGUUGAUGGUCAAAGUCCGGAACUGUAUAGAAGCUGGGGCUUUGGCAACGGGGUGUGAGGUCAACAUCGUUGAGGACCAAUUAUACACCGACAUCAAGAUCAACGAUACGCUGUGUGAUCGGUAUCAGUCCCAUAUGGCACGCUACUCUCGCAGUGUACUCAAAAGCCAUGAUAAGGUUAUGACUGGCUCUUCCGACAUCGGCAAUGUCAGCUAUAUACUUCCCACCUUACAUACUAUGUUUGGAAUCCCCGCCCCGGACGGAUCGUUUCCUCAUCACCCGACCUUUGCCUCUGCGGCUGGCACCGACGAUGCCCACGAGGAAGCGGUUGUGGUUGGAAAGUCGCUGGCCUUGAUCGGGUGGGAGAUGUUGACAAACGACCCCUUGUAUGAAACGACGAAGACACAUUGGGAAGAGAGUAUCCGAGAGUGA